UUUAGUGACCCUCCGUCCCUUCCUACUCUCAGUCUCAUACGGUCAAUGGGAUUCUACCUCUGGAUCUGAGAGAAGAAAAGAGACAACUUCAGGGAAGGCAACUUAUGAAAGGCUGUUUCCGGGGGCCAUAGCUCUACGUUUUCAUAUUAACAUUUUUUAAAGAGUAAAAAGGUUGUUGGACUCUGGAUCAUCAUGAUACCAUGGUGGCCCAACUGCUAGGACUGGCAUUUCUUUUCCUCCAAUGCACAUGUACUGAGGCCACUUCUACGACUUAUGUGAAGAUCAAUCACAACUGGGAGGUGGUGUACCAGGACAUCAGCGUGUAUGGGGUAGUGGGCAAAGCUGUGAUCCUGGAGUGCGGGGCCGCUUUACCUGACAUGUACAUAUGGAGCUUCACCAAGCCAGGCACUGAAGCUAUAAAAGCUGUGGUGUAUAAUUUGGGCAAAGGAACGAGGAUCCAGAAGCUGGCAGAGACACUUGGAAAGAUCACAAUCAUCUCAAACAGCGCAGCUGUGAGCAUCGAGAACCUGCCUGUGGCCGCUCAUGGCCUGUUCACCUGCCAGGCCUUCUAUGACAUCGAGCUAGAGCCCAAAGUCUACUACUACUACGUGCACCUCACUGUCCGAAUUCCAAUCACAAGGCCCUUCCUGCUGAUGAGUGAUGUAUCUCCAGUGGAAGGCUCUACGAUGUGGAUGCGCUGCAAUCUUGAAAAUGGGACCGGACCAAUCCAGUAUGUGUGGCAACAUGAAACCCGUGGUGGCAACAUCACAACCUUUGCACACAGCAACACCAGUGUUAUUAACGUGACAAAUGUCAACCGUAACCACUCUGGCUGGUACCGCUGCGUGGCCAGCAAUGCUGUCAACACCGAGAGCUCCAACCGGUUACUGCUGGAAACCAUCUUUGGCCCGGACAUUCCUCAGAUCGACGUGUCUCCAUACACAAUAACAGAGCGAGGAUAUUCAGCUGUGGAAAGAGAGACAGUUUCUUUACUGUGUCAAGCCCAGUCGAACCCAGCCAGUCAAUACGUCUGGUUCCACAACAACUCCCAGGUCUACGCCGGGCCGCAUUAUACCAUCACUAAGAUCUUCCGCAUGCACACCGGCGACUACGCCUGCUUGGCACAGAACACUUACCUCAACACCCGCUCCAAAAAAUCCAUCAGCCUGACUGUCUACUACCCACCAGAUGGCUCCCCAUCCUGUUCUGUGGAGCCGACUCUGAAUCACACCUCUCUGAGACUCCUCUGCUCCUGGUCCGGGGGUUUCCCCUCCCCCAACCUCCACUGGACCGGGGACCUGCAUCGAGUGGCACAAAACGAGUCUGACACAGGGCAGCAAAGUUACCCCUUGACCAAUACUGCCAUCUUGCUGCGAUCUGAAGACUUGAAUUCUAAUAGCAGUUCGUUCACAUGCGUUGGCUCCCACAUAGCACUUAAACAAUCAUUAGAGUGCAGCACACGCUCAUACAUUCCCCCGGCAGAGCCAGUGUGUUUUGCCUACAUAACUAACAACAGAAAGUAUCUGCUGCUUUCCUGCACCUGGGAUGGGGGAACCCCAAAGGCCUUGGUGUGGUGGGAGGGCCCGGGGGGACAGGGGAACGGUGGGGAAGAAAACUCAAACAUCUUGAUCCUCCGCUAUGGCACUGCUCAAGGUGGGAUACCCUACACCUGCCAUGCUAGACAUCCACUUCUGGCACAAACCAAGACCUGCAGGCUCACACUUGAGGCUCCUGUACUGCUGACGCAGCGCAAAGUCGUGUCAGUGUACGAGGGCAGUGAUGUCCAGCUCACCUGCAAUCUUAGAGCCAACUACCUUCCUGUCAGUGAAAUCACCUGGUUUAACAAUCAGGGCGUGGACGUCCGAGACACCUCCAAGUACAGGCUGCAAAGAACAUCUGCAUGGGCAAAUCUGACAGUGAGAGACACACAUGAGAAUCAAGACAGCGGCGAGUACAGAUGCUCCACAUCCAAUGCAGUGGGAGGAACUGAAAUCAAUGUCACUCUUGUGGUCAAGAGACACCCCAUGCCACCCAAUGUGACCCUGGUAAAAGUGGAGUACAAUGGCCGACAACGUAACGAGGUGGAGCUGGAGUGGCUGGUAGAGAGUGAAGAAGAAAGCGGCUGGACAGGUUUCAUCCUGGAGCACCGAUGGAUGUCAGAGCAACCAGGAAGGAGAGGCGGCAGCAACGACUCAAAAGAGGAGACGAAGUCGAAGAUCGGUCCGCUGGUCUGGUACCAGAACAUCAUCCAGGACCCAGAGGUCCGGAGACAGACAGUAGGGAGACUGACACCAACUGAGACCUACCAGUUCCGCGUCACACCUGUCAACCACCGCACCGUCGGACACGCUUCUUCAGCAAAGUCUCCAGCGGAACCGAGCUCUAAUGUCCUACCUGCUGUAAUCGGAGCAGCUUUUGGCGGGAUGCUCUUGGCAGCCUUCCUCACGUUGCUGCUGCUCAUCUUCAUUAUCCGCAACCGCAACAACAAUCCACGAUUGCAUGACUUGCUGUUUGGUUUGCAUCACAGUCAGUCGAGGGAAAAUAUCAACUUCCCGGAGGAUGAAGUGGUGGCCGAGUCAGAGGGGGGGAUAGAGGAGAUUGGUGGAUCAGCCAGUCCAGGUCCAACUAUGUCUUUACCACGGGCAUCUUCCCCCCUCACCACCACACCAGCCCCUCCCCCUGGAGAUGACAAUGAGCCUGUUAAUGUCACCAUCACAGUCCAGGCUAUCGGCUCAUAGUCAGACAUCAGAG